GAAACGGCCAUUUUUCCCACGUCCCGAUGGAAUCCGCGCGGCCGCUGCCGUUCAAGUCUGCGUAUGAGCGCUACGUCGAUACGAUGGCCGAGAUUACUUCGCUUAACAUCCAGUUGGCCAUGCUGGAAACGUGCAGCUUUACCAAGUUAGGGGAGUUUGCCCGACCGUUCUCGGUCAAAUUUGGCCCGCGGGGGGCGUCCGCAGCCCCCGUCGCACGGGUCGCGCCGCGCAACGUCUCGAUCGAUCACUUGUACGACGAGAACGGCGUCAACGUGUACGAGCGCUUCCUGCGCAGCCACAUGCGAUUGGUAGCACUGACGAAACUCGCAUUUGGACCGUGCAGCGUCGAGAGCAUCGCGGCUGAACUCGCCCUUGCCGAGAGCUACAUGCGGGCGGGCUUGUGGAAACAAUGCCACGACCACGUGUCGACCGCUGAGGAAAUGCUAAACGAGGACAAGGGGGGAUCGACUCGGUCGCCAGCCGGAUCACCCCUGAAAAGCCCCAAAUCCCCCAUCCGCCCGACACCCGCCGCUCACGCCACUCGAACAGGUGACGCCCAAAUCCACCACGCAAGGGCGCUGUUUGCCAAACUCAGCGGGAAAUCCUCGUGCUUGAAUGAUGUCGGGCUGUGCAGCCGUCAUGACGUCGUCGCGGCUUUUCGUGCCAGCGAAUUCUUCAGCCUCGUUCAAGCAACUAAGUCCAGCACGGCAACAACCAGCGGGUUUGCCGCGCUGUGCGACGCCCAUCAAGCCGACGAAACACUCGAUGCUAUCGACGUGGGUGCCACCGGGCUCGUGCGCUGGGAUCAACUUGUAAGGUACCUCCACGCCCAGGACAAGUCGUUCCAGAUGUACCUGCAGCACCUCGAGCGCACGAUCGAGUCCGACGUGAUGGCGGCGCUAACGUCCGCAUUUCGCGACGUUCAACAGCAACUUGCGGGGGACGCCACGAGCAAUCCAAACCUCGUGUCGUCCAGUUCGGUUAGCUCUGUCCUGCUAGCCCACGGCUGCGUGAACGUCCAGCGCAUUGGCCAGUACAUCAAGUCGCCACCCACAUCGAAUGGGUCGCUCCAAAUCACGUGGCCAGAGCUCGUGGAGGCAGCGAGUCGAGUGACCACAGACAUUGUCCGAGCUGGCAUGCAGUGCAAGGUGGCCUUGCUGCAUGGACGGUAUCACAUGAAGCGAGGUCAAGUGGACGAUGCAAUUCACUGGCUACGGCGCGCCGUCGCGGGGCAACUCGUGAUGGUUGGGCACGACAGCCACGACAUGGUCGACUACUUGGUCGCGAUGGCCGACGCGCUCUGCCUCAAGCACAGUCAGGCGUUGCAAGCGACCAAAGAUGCUGUCGACCAGGGCUUUGACAAAUGGUUGGCCUCGGAGGUUGGCGCGGCAGCAUGUCGAUCGGAAGCAUUGCGCAUUCUGGAAGAGAUACAGCAACACCACAAAUCCAAGUCGAUGACAGGAUCGAGAAAAGGAGCAAAGCUGCCGUCAAAGAAAGAAGUUGAAGCCAUGGCACGACAGAAUUUGCGUGACCAACACAUCAAGACUCACGGCCCAGCACCCGGCAGUCAAAAUGGCACGACGUCCUUGUAUCUCGACGAAGCCACCGACCUGUACAUGCAAGUGUGGGCGCUGGAGGAGCAGCAUUUUGGCCGCCAGGACGCCAACACGGCGAUUGCGUACGCCGGGCUCGGCAAUGUUUACAUCCUCCGCAACGAGCCGGACGAGGCUGUGGGGUACUACACCAAGGCGAUCGAAACUUUUGAGGCUGCAUGCGACGGCGGCGUGCCGGCGUCUGCCUUCCUUCGCAUGCACCUGGCCAAGGUGUACAUGCACCUGCAGCGAAACACGGACGCCAUGACGCUUCUCCAUGACGCAGCAACGUUUUUCAAAUCGCACGCAGCACAGUUCCUCGACUCGGAAACCACGCGACGUGAUGCUGCCGCCAACGCCAUUGACGCCUGGCGUGGUUGGCUGCAGCUGGCCAACUCCGACACCAAUACAGCCACCCCACAGAUCUACCGCAACAUGGUUGAAGCUGCCGAGAUUGGCUACGGUGAGUUCAGCCUCGAAACAGCCGACGCAAUGGUUGCACAAGGUCGCUACUUGCUCAGUGGAGUCCCGCACGCCAACGCCGAGGAUGGCGAGGAAGCUCUCGCGGCGGCGAGUUACAUUAUGGAGAUUCACUACGGUGUUCACGACAAGCGUGUCCGGAAGCUGCGACAGGAGGUGGUCUCUGUCGGGGCACAGCGGCGGCAUGGCGACCAACCGACGAAGUCGCCCCCCGUGCCUAUAACCUCCUAGAAUAUUUCACAUGUCUCGUGUUUUUAAAUAUCACGUUUUAAUCGCA